AUGGGCAACAGCAACAGAAAAGGUGUGGAGGAGAUGCAAGAGUGUGAAAGCCAUCAGUGGUAUCGAAAAUUCAUGACCGAGUGCCCAUCAGGACUUCUGACUUUCUACGAAUUCAAGAAGUUUUUUGGCCUGACGAAUUUGACCGAGUCUUCAAACGAAUACGUCAAGACAAUGUUUCAAACUUUUGAUAUGAACGAUGACGGCUACAUAGACUUCAUGGAAUAUGUAGCAGCUCUGAGCCUGGUGUUGAAGGCCAAUGUCCAGCAGCGACUGAGGUGGUAUUUCAAACUCUACGACGUGGACGGAAGCGGCUGCAUCGACAGAGACGAGCUGCUCCUCAUUGUUCGGUCCAUUCGUGCGAUCAGUGGAAUAUCUCAUGAAAUGUCGCCUGAGGACUUUACCAACAUGAUGUUUGACAAGAUCGACAUCGAUGGAGAUGAAGAAAGACGCACUGUGACUUCCUGGUUUGCUCACACAGGCGGUAUGUCUGUGACCCCACGUCGUGUGCGCCUUAAGCCAUGGCUUGUGGCGCAGGUGGACAGUGGGCGAUACCCGGGGCUGCUGUGGAUUGACCGUGAUGCCAUGCGCUUUAAGAUCCCGUGGAAGCACGCCACCCGGCACUCGCCGCAGCAGGAGGACGAAGACACCAUAUUCAAGGCGUGGGCUGUGGAGACCGGAAAGUUUCAGGAAGGAGUAGACGAACCGGAUCCAGCGAAGUGGAAGGCCCAGCUUCGAUGUGCCCUCAAUAAAAGCAGAGAGUUCAAGCAGGUCUACGACGGCACCAAGGAAGUCCCCAUGAACCCACUUAAAAUCUAUGAUGUUUGCGACAUACCACCGUCCUUGACUAACCAAGCUUCAUCUGAUGCUGGUUCUUGGACUCCCGGAGAUGACGAUGGUGGAGAUGAGGAUCCAAACACACCGGACUCUCUCCCUCCUUAUCCGCCCAAUGGCACCAGUCCAUCUCCUCUAAUCCUGUGGUCUCCGUGCUCCGAUGCCUCCAUGCAGCCCCCCAGCUGCCCGCCUCCUUCAAACGAGGGCUGGCCCAAAGAAGAGCCCAAAGUGUGGCCUAAAGAGGAGCCUCAGGACGUAGAGAUGCAGCCUCCACCCAUGGCAGUCAUGGCUCCACCGGUUCUGCCCGGAACCAUCAUGCAACCUCAACCCCUGUCCGAUGCUCUCUACGCCACUCCAGAAACAUGGAUCAGUUCUCUCCCAAUGACCGACCUGGAGGUGCAGUUCCUCUAUAGAGGCAAAGAGAUGUGUCCCACGGUGACGGUCAGUAACCCUCAGGGCUGCAGACUGUUUUACGGAGACUUGGGGCCGAUGGUGAACCAGGAGGAGCUGUUUGGACCAGUGAGUCUGGAGCAGCUGCGCUUCCCGACCACAGAACACAUCACCAACGACAAGCAGCGCGUGUUCACAAACCGCCUGCUGGACGUGAUGGACCGCGGUCUCAUCCUGGAGGUGAACGGACACGAUAUUUACGCCGUGCGCCUCUGUCAGUGCAAAGUGUACUGGUCCGGCCCCUGUGCGCCAAACCCUGCAGCCCCUAACCUCAUCGAGAGACAGAGAAAGGUCAAACUCUUCUGUCUCGAGUCUUUUCUCAGCGGUGUGAUUACUAAUCAGCGCGGCCAGACACCAGUCCCUCCUAAUUUUGAAAUCAGUCUGUGCUUUGGAGAGGAGUGGCCCGACGGUCGUCCCAGAGAGAGGAAACUGAUCAUGGUCCAGGUCAUCCCUGUCGUGGCGCGUAUGAUCAGUGAGAUGUUUUCUGGAGACAACACUCGGUCCUUUGACAGUGGCAGCGUCCGUCUGCAGAUUUCAAUUCCAGACAUCAAAGACAACAUAGUGACGCACCUGAAGCAGCUGUAUUGCCUGCUGCAGACUCACCAGGGGCAGGACGGCUGGGCCAUGCCUCCUGGUCCUGGUCUGAACAUUGUACAAGCUCUGCAGCAUUCGCAGUGA